GCAGGAGAUCAGAAGUAGGUGAUUUUGUCCAGCUGCAGCUGCUGGUGUUUCUUUCAGUUGUGGAGCCCGAGGCUGUUUAUGACAUGAGAAGAGCUGAAGCUGAAGUCUGACUGUGAGAUGAUGAUGAUGAUGAUGAAGAGGAGGAGGAGGAGCAUCAGAUCAGGCCUCACAUGUGUUUCUCUCCUCAUGAACCAGACCACAAACUGGACAGAAAACACUUCAGCUCCUGCUGUCAUGAGUCGAUCUUUCGGCAGUUCUGGGAUGUUUUGAGCUGAAUGAAGAUGUGGAGUUUGAUUUGAAGAAAUGAUUCAGAGAAACUCCUGCAGGAGAGUGAAAAUGUCUCUGUGGUUCCUGCUGCCCAUCAGUCUGCCUGUGUUCACACUGCCUGGAAUCUGGAUCAUAUAUGCGAUGGCACUUUCCAAUCAGCACGUGUGUCCUGUGAAUAACUGGGUGUAUAAUUCAACCUGUGAGACGUCUUUGGUUCUUCAGAGCGGAUCUGAUCUGUGCUGCACGCUGGAUAACAUCCCACUCAUCAGUAAAUGUGGCGGCGUCCCUCCAGAGAGCUGCUGGUUCAGUCUGCUGUGCAGUGCUGCUUCAUUCUUGGUGACUGUGAUUGGUCUGCUGCGUUACGCUCAACUGAUCCAUAAGGAGAGCAACAAUGUGUUAAACAUCGAGGGUCUGUUUGCCGGAUGGCUCUGUGCCGCAGGACUCAUGAUUGUUGGAAACUUCCAAGUGGACCAUGCUAAAGUCCUUCAUUAUGUGGGCGCGGGUCUGGCCUUCCCAGCCAGUCUGCUGUUUGUGUGUGUGCAGACGCUGCUGUCGUACCGCGCGGCCGAGACACGGAGAGACUUCCAGGCGGCUCAUCUGCGGCUCACGCUCACCUCACUGGCCUUUACCACCCUCAUACUCAGCGGUGUGUUUUUCAUUCAGGAGAGUUUCGUUCUUCAGCACGCCGCUGCCAUACUGGAGUGGACGUUUGCGAUCAUCGUGCUGGUGUUUUACAGCUCGUUCUCGCACGAGUUCAGCUCCAUCUCUUCAGAAACACUCGUGGCUCUGAUGACGAGACGAGCCGGUUCUUCUUCUGAGGGACGGAAACUAGAGAAAGUCUAGACAAACGUCUGACGUGUGAACCUUUGAGCAGUGAUUAUAGAGAGAAGAUGAGUAAUAAUGUGCAACCUGGUGGAAAAAUCUUUACAUUACAUUCUUAAAAAUAAAGACUCUUUAAAGUGGCAUCGAUGGUUCCAUGAAGAAUCUUUCCAUUGCACAAAAGGUUCUUAAUAGUGGAAACAUUUUCUUUAGAUUAUUAAAAUGUUCACUAAAAAGGUUCUUUUAAGAACUGAUGAUCACUGAAAGUGUUUUAUGGUGAACUCAAGUUCAAGUUGUCUUAAUGUUCAACAGUAGUGUUCUUGAAUCAUGUUUGUGGAUCAUAUUUAGUUUCUCAUGUUCUGCAUUAUGAUGAACUUUAUCUAAAGUAUGUGUGCAGAAAUGUUUGUUUGCAUUGUAUUGUCAACAUAUUUUCCACUUUUCUUGUGUUCUGUAAUAUUUCACUAGUUUAUCUUCAUGUCCUCACAGCAAAUAUAUCAGAAUAAUGACCUGCUAUAUCUUGACUGUGUUUUUAUUAUGGAUCUGUAUUUUAUCAAAGGCAUUUAUUUGCAUAAUUACUGUUCAAUAAGUUUAGUAGAAACACUUUGUGAAAUCUUUCAUAAUGAUGUAUGGAAGCUUGUUAUUAUUUAUAUCACAUUUAUCUGACUUUUUCCUCACAAUUGUGAAUUCAUUCCCAGUUUUUAUGAAUUGUGAGAUAUAAACUUGCAAUUCUGAGGGUGGAAAAGAUGCAAUUACCUUUUUUAUUUUUUUCAACUUUCCAUAAUGCAGGAAAAUUGUUUGUUGCAAGCCUGAGGCAUUUCAGCCAUAGAUAUAUUUAUGUAGAUUUAUCAUUAGCAGUAAGUUGUCCACCAUAUUGGAACGGUCAGAGCUGUUCAAGUCAUGUUGAAAAGAUCGUAUUUAUGAGCUGAAAGCACAUGAACGCCACCACAAAAUCGGAAAUACCAGUGGGAAGCUUUUAAGCCCCGAUCUUUACGAGUUGGGGGCGUGUCAGUAAGAAACAUGGCGGAAUACCACAAUAUUUAGCAGUGACAUUGUCAGGCUUUUUUAUUUAAGCUAAUUCUCUGCACAAAAUAAAUAACAUUGUAAUAUAACAAUAUAAUAUGUACUGAUAAAGUUUACAGUGGUGCCAUAAAUGAAUUAAAAACAUCAAAAAGUAAAACACGCCUGAAGCACAUUCUUUGUUCUUCAUUUUCUAGAAGUACAUUUCAAAAACCUUGCUGUAUUUUAGUGUAAUUAAUGAAGAGAAGGUACACUGCCAUCUUGCUCCAACUAAAGUAACCAGUGAAGCACGUUCAAGGCGAUCAUUUGUGUUUAUAAAGCAUAUACAUUUGUAUUUUUUUUUAGAAAAUGGCCGAU